CUGACGUCGCUUCCGGUCACGUGGCCUAAACCUUCUUCGGUUGGCGCGGAAAGUUUCACGCUUGCUGAUGAACUGUCACUGUUCUUUAGAAACGUGCAGCCCUUUAACACGGAGUUGUUUCUUCAUUGAAAAUUAGUGGUAAAGAUUACUUGACAGUCGAAAGCUAGUGCGUAGAAGAGUCUCGAAUCCGCUGAAUGAAUUUGACAUUUUUCUUCCUCUCCGGGUGACCACCAUGAGCCCACAGAAGCGCCCGGUGGAGCCAGGAGCUUUAGAGCUGCGGUUUGUGGGAGAUAAUGAUGUUCUGGAUCACAUUGUGGAAAAACAUCAAGGUUCAAAAGCCACACAAAAUUCAGUCCAAACUCUGGUAAGCCUGAAGAGUCGUAGGAAGCGAUCAGCAGGCCUUCAUGAAGAAGAGGAAGAAGAGGAUGGAGAUGGUGUUUUGAAUGAGCAAAUCUAUGUAGAGGCACUAGUCACUGGCACACAAGAUGGAGAAGAGGAUGUAUCAGCCACUGCAGGAGCCUCAGUGUUCACUUUCCAGACUAUUAAACGCUCCAAUAAAAUGGCACAAGUGGCAUCAGAGUGGGCCCGCACUCCUGGAAAAAGUGUCACAUUUAGCACUUCUGAUAGUCCACAGGAACCACCCAGCCCUGCCCGUGCAUCCAAGAGGUUGGUGACUGAAAACAAAACUCCUCAAAAAGGGAAGAAAGUACAGUUUGUUUCCACGACCCCACACAGAUUAAGAAAGCGAAUAUCAGCUCCUAAUCUGAAAUCAGACAGUGACAGUGAUUUCUCCCCAUCAAACUCUGAGGAGGAGGAGGAUGAGCAUGAAGAUGAGAAGGAGAAAGGAGAAAAGUCUGAAGCACAGCCAAAAACCCCCAGCAAAACAUCUACAGCAGCUUCCGCACUUUAUAAGACACCUGCCAAGAAGAGCAAGAAAGCACCUGAGCCCAGCUUGGUGGAGGAAUACUUUGAAGCUCACAGCAGUUCGAAGGUCCUCACAUCGGACCGAACGCUCCAAAAGCUCCAGACCCCAAAACUAGAACGGGAAACUCUGCUGCAGUUGCUUGGUGGAAAGCCAUCCUGUUAUGGAGAUGAAAUCACUCAGUUGAAUAAAAAACAUGAAAAUAAUUUCAAUAAAUGGAUGCUGCAGUUACAGAUGGGUUUCAACAUAUUGCUGUAUGGCCUGGGCUCGAAGAAGCUUUUACUAGAGAAGUUCCGCACUAAAAUGCUGUCUGAUUCCAUGCACCUGGUAAUUAACGGAUUUUUCCCAAGCAUCACCCUCAAAUCAAUCUUAAAUGCCAUCACCAGUGAGAUGCUGGAGCAUGACGGUAGUUUUCGUACUCCAAUGGACCAAAUCGACUUCAUUGUGAAAACCCUUAAAAAAGACCUGGACAACCACAUCUACCUGAUCAUCCACAACAUUGAUGGCCCCAUGCUACGUGGGGAGAAGAGCCAGCAGGCCCUGGGGCAGCUGGCCUCCAUUCCCAACAUGCACCUGCUCGCUUCCAUUGAUCACAUCAAUGCCCCUCUUGUGUGGGACCACUCGAAGAUGUGCAUGUUCAACUGGCUUUGGUAUGAGACCACUACCUUCCUGCCGUACACAGAAGAGACAUCAUACGAGAACUCUCUUCUAGUACAGCAGACUGGGGCACUGGCUCUUAGCUCGCUCACACACGUCCUGCGCAGUCUCACACCAAAUGCCAGAGGGAUCUUCAGACUUUUAGCAGAAUUCCAACUGGAGAACAAAGACAAUCAGUCAUAUACAGGUUUGUCUUUUCAAGAUUUUUACCAGCGUUGUCGUGAGGCUUUCCUGGUAAACAGUGACAUCACACUGAGGACUCAGCUGACAGAAUUCAGGGAUCAUAAGCUGAUCCGCACAAAGAAGGGAGCUGAUGGAAUAGAGUACCUUCUCAUUCCUGUGGAUGCAGGAACUCUUACAGACUUCCUAGAGAAAGAGGAUGUUGAGUAAUCAGGGCAGAAAAAAGAUUCCAAGUACUGAUUUGAUAAUUGGCCACCAGUCUUUAGACACAUUACAGCAUUUGUACUGAUUACUGUGGAUAGGAAACAAAAUGCUGGCAGGUCCCCAUGCUGCGUAUGUGCAGUUUGUUAUGGAUACAGUGCAGAAUGUAAUUCCAUUCUUCAUGCACUGUAGGCAUCCAACUGAAGCAUGUCAACACUCAAGUACUUCAAGUAAUAAAUAGUAACUAUGUACACUUAUGUAAACAGUAUGUAUUAUGUAUAGAUAUCUAAUAAAUAUGAUGCAUUGCAA